UGUCCAUAAGGAUGCACAAGGGUUAAUUAAAUUACCCCAUCAUUUACUCAACCUCACCACUCAGAAAAUUCUGAAUUUGUUGUUAAGACUUAAAAUUGUAAAGCUUUGCAGAUUUAUGUAAAUAUCACUUUUUCUCUUUCUUUCACUAAUAGCCAUGUGACAAAUUAAAAGUAUUUUUAAAAAAUUGAAAGGUGUAUUGUCUCUCGGUGAAUAUGGGCUCAUAACUGUUGAAUGAAUCAGUUUCUUGGAUGUGGUUGUGAAACACACACACACACACUAUGUGAAAGCACUCUUGCAGCUGCUGGACUGUGUCGGGCCGGUCGGGUUAUUUGCCUGUGGAGCUCAAACGGGGUCGGCUGGAAGUGCUUUCCUAUGUGCACCCUGUGUGUGUGUGUGUGUGUGUGUUCUCAUUGCUGCAGAUCUAUCCGUGUUUUCCACCGUCUGGCGAUGGACAGAGCUUCAUGGAGACCUCACCAACUGAAGGAGCAGCUCCUGCAGGCCCUCGACGCGCAACACAACCAGAUUGUGAACAUGAAGGCUUUAUUGGAGGUGAUAUGCGGUCUGGAGAGUUACCCCAUGACUAAAGAGGCUCUGCUGGAAACCCGGCUUGGAAAGUUGAUCAACGAUGUGAGAAAGAGAAGCACAGACGAAGAUCUUGUUAAACGUUUAAAACAUCUUGUACGAAGUUGGCAGAAGUUGGUUGGAGUGGAUGAAGUCCCGGAGAAAGGGCUCUCAGGCCUCGUGGGUGAACGUGUUCCUGGAUCAGCUCAGACGCUCUCGGGAACUCACAGCAAUCACCCGAGCCAGAGGGAUGAGGCGUCUCGGGGUUCAGGACCAGGAGACACCAUCAAAUAUCCAAACAACUUUAGGAAGAGUAAAAUACCCGUCCGUGCCAUCAAACCGCAUUCCUCGUCCAUCAAGCGUUUACAGCAAUUCACGAGCUUGAGGCCGUCGCUGUCCAAUCAGCAUUCCCAGGACCAGCACAUGCCCCGAAGCCACGCCCCCUCGGCCCGUCACCGUGACGCAGGGCGUCUGACAGAGCCGGCUCAGCCCAGCCGCUUUACUGAUACUGUACCUUUAAAUGCCUCCAUCCACGACCCACUCACCCUGAGGCCCGCGGCGCUGACGGUGACAGACACACAGAAUCAUACACACCCAACGUAUGACCCUCCACCAAUCACACCCGUAUCGAGCAAACCAUCUGAAGGUCAGAGGUCAACUCUGAGAGUGAGUGAAAUCCACAGCAGUGCACAUCUGAAGCAGAGCCUCUGUUUGCUCCAACACACACACCGGAGAGAGAAACUCAAGCUGACCAAAAGACAGGCGUUCAUCCCAGACGUGCCGGUCACAGAGCUGCCCGGGGUCAGCCGAGAGGUCAGCGGCCGAGACCUGCUCAGGAUACGCCGGCUGCGAUGGCACGGUGUGAACGGCUGUUAUGAUAAUAGAAAUAACUGGUACGACUGGACUCAGUCCAUAACCCUGGACCCGUACGGGAAUGGGAGGAAACUUCAGAUCAUGCCUUACGUUGUCAUCGAUUACAGGCGCUGAGUCUUUAAAGGACGUUUCUUAAAUCUCAAUAUUUUAGAUCUGUGUUUUCUCUAGCCUUUAUGAUCCAUUGGUGUGCAAAAAAAUGCACUUUUUCUAGUGCAUUAUUUAUUUCCUUUUAAAAUAAUUUGAUAAAUUCAAGACAUAAUUGUAUUCUAUAAAUCCUAUUUAGUUUGAAUUCAUUUUUAGUACAUUUAAAUAAUACACAUUAUUUUAUGCUUUGCCGACCAAAUUGUCAGGUGGCCCAAUGUCCGAACAAAUGAACAGACUUAGAACAAUAUAUAAAAUAGUGUCUUAAUAAUAAAAAGAUAAAGACUACAGCAUCCUUUUAGGUUUGAAACCUUUCAAAUGAACAAAUGUAAUAAAUAUUUUAAAGCUGUUGAGAUAACUGAAAAGCUUUGUUUGAGUGUCCGGGCACAAGUGCAAACAUGGCUCUUUUAUUAUGAAUUUGUUACGGUAAUUACAGUAAACAUGAUAAUGCAUCAUCCAGAGGAGCCCGACUGAUCCUGGGAGUUUGAAGGUUUGUAGAUCUCCCUAAAACUGCUCAUUUCCUGUAAAACUGCUCAUUUCCGGUAUGGUGGUGGUGUUUCAUCAUGUCAGGUGUCCAACUGCAGUUUAUUCAGGUGUGCAGUCUGACAUAAAAACAGCCAAAAAAAUAAUUUAGAAAC